GAGCCACCACAAUGCUCAUUAUGUCUCCCCUCAUGCAAUACGUUCUCACUUUCUUCCUAGGUUCAAUUAUUGUAUCAAGGUUUCUCUUUGGGGAUGAUACUAAUAACACUACUAUCGGAACAUUCAUCAACAUAAUCAUUUUUGCUGGUCUCGUAUUUAUUCUUCAAACGGAUUCAGAGAACAUUUGGGAUUCUUCAGAUAUUGUGAGCGCCUUCACUGCCAUAUUCACAACGAUCGUCAUCAUGUACUGCAAGAAAAUCUAUUUGUAUAAUAAGGCAAUCGAGUUUCAAACUAUGACCGCGAGAUCGCUUGCCGCCAUCGACGAAAGUGGAAAUCCCUUGUUUCAGGAUGGACCUGAGCGAUAAAAACUUUAGUCGCUCCAGAGAUACCCCUUCACGCUUAUCAAGGUCAUGAGUAAGUGAUUAAUUUCCA